AUCAAUAUUUUGGGGUUAAAAUAUUGCACUUUUUGUUUCAAAGGUGUUUGGGUUGGGAAUGUGUGGUUAUGGUUAGUUAUUAGGCGGGAGUGAAGUCUAUGGCUACAAUGGCUGUUUCCUUGUUCAUGGCUGCUAACAGCAAUGUGAAGUUAAACUUCCCAAUUGUUGUAAAGAAUGUGCCUAUUGAGUCCUUUCGUGGUUUCUUGAAACCUAUGCGUUGUCUUCCGGUACAGCAGCAGGCUGAGUCAGGAAUCUUGUGUGAACCUUGUGGUGGCACUGGAUGGUUGCUUUGUGAUUUUUGUAAAGGGCAAAAGACCAAUGUGAAAUCUGAAACUAACAAAAUUUACCGUCGGUGUCCAUCAUGUAGAGCUGUGGGAUACAUAUUGUGCUCAAAAUGCAAAGUUUACAAAUGUGUUACUUUCCCAAAUUAUGAAGAUGGUGAAGUCCUCAGCUUUUGAACUCGCAACUUCAUCUCAGUUGCAUCUCGAAUAUUCAUUUUGACCAAUUACCAUAGAUAUAAUUUUACUGUCUGGAGUUGCAUAUGUAAAACUUUACCUCAUAUUUUUACUCUUUCGAUAAUCAGUCUAAAGAAAUAAAUGCAAAAGAAAAAGAAAACAGUUCGACUGAAGUUGUGCAAA